AUACUAUAAAUUAUACGUGUAAAAUCAUAAACAUCAUUCAACAUUCAAUCAUAAUAUAAAUAUAGGCAUUUGAUGUGAAUUUUAUUGAUAAUAUAGUAUACAAAUAUUUUAAACUUUUCAGCUAGACUAUUUGAGAUCAACAAUAAAUAUGUCUGGGAAUGAUUCUACUGAGCAAAAUAAUCCAACAUGCUGUCACCCAAUCGGUAGAAUAACUGAAGAAUUUACAAAGUAUUUAGAAAAAACUAGUGUUAUUGCUAAAGUAACUGCUGUGUUAAAAAUGUUGUAUGAAAUGAACGAAAAACCGGUUGAUCCUCUCGAGUUUAUACGUACGAAUAUGACUGAAGUUAUCUCUGAAAAGGUAGAAUUAACAAAGUUAGAAGAAGAGUAUGAUACCGUGAUGCAACAGAUUGCCAUACUUCAACAAGAAAACAUGAAUUUAAUGAACAAACUAAAGGAAUUAGAAAAAAACGAAAGUAAUUCUGAAGAAAAUAGUGAAAUUGCUGGUUUAAGUAGUGAUACGAAAAUUCAUGAAAGUGAUUAAAAAAUAGAUUUUGGUUUUUACAUCUUAAUGUCUAUAUUAUAGCUGAUGUUUUUUUUUAAAUUAGAAAUAAAAUAAUAUAAACAUUCAUAAAA